UAUCUACCAUUUGGCUAGGGUUCGAUAUAACAUACAAACUACUGAGUUUUAUAAUUAUUGAAUAUUUCUUUUGAUUGAAAUCAUAAAAAUAGAUUUCCGCUGGGUUCCUUAAGAGAAGUUGGGAAAUCUUGAAAGUGAUCGUAUAAACCACAUUUGUUGACGUCAUUGUACUGUAUAUCUUGGCACAUAGGUAAACAUAAAUACAAUUUUCAUUACACUUGAAACUCAGGUAAAUCGAUUGAAGGAUGUGUGGUCCGGCUUCCGGUUGGUCCAAGGUAGCCCUUGUGGUGCUAAUUGUUGGAAUAUCAAUACACAUUGCUGGCUGGGCUACUACCAAUUGGAUGACUUAUAGUACAACUAACAAUGCUCUAGAAACCAAUAUUGGUUUGUGGAGAAUGAUUGCAUGUACUUCAGGUUCAUGUAAAGACACUUCAGUGGCCUCACAGUAUGAAACAGCUACGUUCAAUGCGGUAAGAGCGAUGGAGACCAUCACAUUCUGUUUAGCCUUCUUCACUAUGGUCCUCUUGUUUAUCUAUAUGUGUGCAGAAGGAAUGAGGACUCCAACAGGAGCUGCUGUUAUUAUGGUUUUGUGUUACGUGGCAGGAGCUUGCAGUUUUGUUGGCAUGGUAGUCUUCAUCACAUCCGUACCUGAUCCUUUUGUUGUCUCUUUCUCUCUGGGACUAACAGUUAUUGGCAUGACACUUAUUCUGAUAGCCGGUACAUUGAUGAUACCGGACAGUUUUGAUAACAAUGAUGAGAGCAUUGAUGACGAUGACGACUAUUAUGGACACCGUAGACGUAGUGCUGUCUCACCAAUGCCACUUUUCAAGAGGGGUCCUACGUCCAGAGGCGUCACCCCAAUUUCAUACAAAGGGGCUAUCGAAGGAUCACGAUGGAGAAGCUAUUGAAACCUGUUGAAACUUAUAUGCACCUACAUGUUAGACUAAAGCAUCAUUCAUUUUAUUCUUGAAAAUAAUCAUUUCAUCUUUUAUCAGAUUUAAAAACUUAUUGAUUCAAUAAUGACUAUAAUCUAUUCACUCACAUUCUAUAUGCUUAGAAAAUCAUUUUUAAAAAGUUUCAAUUUACUUUUUCAGUUUUAUUAUUUGCAACAAUUAAAAGUGUAUUUUUGUUUUAUUCUAAUUAUUUGCCAUGUAAAGUUUAAUAUGCUCGACCCAUCUUCCUAACCCCAACGCAUUAUUUCCGUUAUUUCUGUUCGUCGAGGAAUUAAAAGGUCAGUUAUAAUGAUAAAAUGUCAUAAGCUUGGAUACAAAUUCCAUCCAAAGUUCAGCGCUUAAAGGGAAACUCCGAUGGUUUUGACAAUUUUUGAUAUAAUAUGUGUUUUGAUUUAUAGAUAAUGAAUAUAUUAUUCUUUUUUUUUUUAUUUGCAAGAAUAACUUAGUAAUUGAUGUUUUUGUGACAUAAUUUUUCUGCGCAUCCAAAACAGUCAGAUUUUCACUGAAUUUCUGUGUGACGUCACGAAGGUGCACUCAAAUCCUAUAGAUAGGGAAGCGCCAAGUUAUACGAGGACGAGGAAAAAAAAUUAUCUUUGAUAAAAAAAAUUUUCGUUAGUACAUCAUUAAAAUACUUUAAAAGAAAUUUCUAAUGGUGUAUAAAUUAUGACUGUAUGUUUGACAGUAAGAAAGUAAUGAUUUUUUUGUGCCGUUUUGACCUAACAUUGGUUGACUUGGAAAAAGUGAUGAGAGCUUGACGCUGGCUCAGCCGGCGAGACACACCCCCAAGGUCAAAAGUUAAAAAGUUGGAAUUGAGUUUCGUAGACGAUAGAUCUACUUAUUAAAUAAGAAAUUUAAUAGUAGAUCUAGUAUUCGUAGUAAAUUUCUAGCUCACAAAUCUGAUUCAUUUAUAUUUAUGAACUUCAGUUUUUUUUUAAUGUCUCAGUAGUAUCAUUAAUUGAAUUCUUUGGCCUGGAAAUCCAAUGUAUUGUUGGUACUGCACCUGGUAUUAACUUCAAUUUUUUUCAAAUCCCAUUUCCACAGCAAUGAAGUUGCUGAAACAGCUUCUCUCAAAAUGGUUUGAGCAUAAACAGGAAUUAGCUAAUGCCUUUGUAAAAUAUUUGCUCUUCAGGCGAAUAAAUUUUUCCCAUUUUCCCUUUAAAACUUCAUUCAAGUUCAUCUCUUGGAAACAAAUGAAAAGAGACACUAAUUUCUGUAUCAGCAUACUUGCUGAUUUUAUCUUUGUAUUUGUGAUUGGAACUACUGCAACAAGCUGAAAAACAAUAUUUAAUUUUCUUCAAGUAGAAAUAGAGGUUUAGAUCUAGAAUAUUAUUUAUAAACAAUGACCGAUUAUAAAUCAACGUGGAGACUAGAUCUAGCUGUGAAGCGUAACAAUAAAUGCGAUCUGAUAGGUCUAGAUCUAGACUAGAGAGUUUAUCGGUUAUAUAGGUCUAGAUCUAAAUUUAGCCAGCACCCUUGUGACGUCACGUUUUUAAAAACUAAAAACAUCUCGCAGAACCCCGUUUUUUGGGGGGCGUGGAGAAUUUUCUGUCUAAUUUAUUAAAUAUAACAUUUUCCGAGCAUUUAAAUAAAAAAUGAUAUAAUGUUUACUAUUACAACUUUUUACGCAGAAUUUAAAUAUGUCAAUAACUAAAAUUUGAAAAACUAUCGGAGUUUCCCUUUAAAGUUUUUAGAAUUACUAUUUUCCUCUCAUACACAUUUCUACACAUGGCUUCAGCCUGUUCGGUUCACAUAUUCCCUAAUUGUAUUUUUUUCAUUUUCCAUAGCGUUACAAUAAUGUACAUAGGAAAAUUGGCCACCGGUAAAUGGGACACCAGAAAAUAGGGUCAUCGGAAAAAUGUGCACUAUUUGACGAUGCCGAAAAAUUGUCACUCUUUAAUAACGAUAAUAAAUAAUAAUAAUAAAUUUAAAAUAAUUUGGGUAUAAUCUUUUGUUGAAGUUAUAAAAAAUGCAAUCCAUGUUUAUUUUCAACAUUAUUUUUACGACUCUAAAGAUUACAUAGAGAGUAUGUGUGUAUCAUACAAACUCAGAUGCGGCCAAUCGGCAUGAAAUAGAAUCUCAAAGAAUCAAUUGAAAACAAACUGAAUAAACUAUUAUCUAUAAAGAGGCUGUUGGAACUUUUGGUUAGAAAACUACAUGUUAUAUAAUCAGAAAAGCGAUUUUUAGAUAAUCUUUUGGUAUUGUUGUUUUAGUCUUUAAAAAUGAACAGCCUAUUAUCGAUAAUGAGAUUUUUGCUAAUAAUACAAUUAUUUGUUUAUUAAAAAGAGAAAUCAACUUUUCAA